AUGGCUUCUUCAUGGUUUAUCAAACUUGCCUUCAAAUGCCUUCACCAUAUAGCAUGGCCUCUUUUUGCUCUGGUGUUUCCUAUGUGUGCUUCCAUACAAGCAAUUGAAACUGAUUCCGAUGCAGAAACUAAGAAUUUGAUCUCAUAUUGGAUACUUCUUUCAUUCAUUUACCUCUUUGAGUAUACUUUUAUCAAGCUUCUUCUAUGGUUUCGACUCUGGCUGUACGUUAAGCUAAUGAUCAUCUUCUUGCUCACCAUACCAGACUUUGGACGAGCUUAUUAUGUUUAUAAUAACUUUAUUGGCCCCAUGAAAUUGCAAAUAGUCCAAUGGAGGUUUAAUAACUUCUGGAGGAAGUGUUUUGUUGAGAAAGAUGAUUUUUUAAUGCAUGCCGAGAGAUAUAUGAGAGAAAAUGGAACUGAAGCCUUAGAGAAACUCAUUGCUAGCCAGAAUACAAUGUGUAGACCUGAUGCAGAAGAUGCAAAUGAAAUCAUAUCUACUGAUAAUAAAAAUGUGCUAAAGACAAAUGGAGAAAGUCUCCAAAUUGAGCACCUAGACAUCAUAGAUUUGGAGACUAUCGAGAAAAAAGAAAUUCCUUCUAUCAAGCAAGAAGUACUUCGUCUCUAUGCUAAUAUUUGGAUGUUGCAGGAUAUUCUUAUCAUGCCUAAAGUUGGGCCAAGUCAUAACGCAUCAUCAGCGACAGUGGAAACCAAAGAAACAUCGGAGAGUGAUAGAACUGUUAGAGACGUUCCUCAGAUUUCUUCUACACCAAAGGAAAUGCAGAAAGAGUGGACUUGUGCUUUAUGUUCGGUAACAACCACUAGCGAGAUAACCUUGAACUCCCACCUCAGUGGAAGGAGACACAGGGCUGCUGCAGAAGCUUUAACAGCAAAGAAGCAACCUUUUAUUCAGAAACAAAAGGACUCAGAAGUGACAAAUGAAAUCAUAGCUAGUGAUGAUAAAGAAAUGCUGAAGUACUUAAUAAAGGAGUUUCUUGUGCAGAUAAAUGGAAAUCAAAGAUUUGAAAUAGAUGACAAAGACAUUAAAGAUUUGGAGGCUAUUGAGAAAAAAGAAAUUCAUGCAACCAAGCAAGUUAAAGGCAAGGACAAGCUUGUCUGA